AUGGUUAGGAUCCACAAAGAUCCUCUUCCAGUGUUGACGAACAAAAAUGUGGUUUAUAAAAUAUCGUGCAAAGACUGUGAUGCAUCACAGAUGUGUGGGACAAACUUUCAAACAACUGACAACGAGGAUUUCGGAACACCACAAUCACAUAAACAGGAAUAUGGCAACUGCGUCUGUGAUCACAGACGCAGUUGUCAUAGAUUGCAAUAUAAUCAUGAAUUUAAUUGGAAUGAUAAAAAUUUUAUAAUAACAAAUCAUUAUAUCAACCUAUUCGUUAUAACAGGUUUAUUUCAUAAAGCAAUAUCGCAAAGUGGUGUUAUGGCGUGUCCUUGGGCUUUUACUGAACGAGAACCACAUACAAAAAACAGAGGUUUUCUGCUUGCCGAGAAACUUGGAAAACCGACUACAGAUCCGAAAGUCGCUUACGAAUUUCUCAAAACAAUCGAUGCAAAAAAACUUAUAGAGACUCAAGAGAAGUCUCUCUUGUCAGAAGCUGAGCGUCAACAAUGUCUUCUGACAUUUACACCUACUUUGGAUUACGAGUCGUCGAAUCCAGCUUUCCCAGAAAAUCUAACGACGUUUAUACAUCGCGGGGUUAAUGUACCAUUACUUUUAGGUUUUACCAGUUGCGAGGGAUCUCUUUUCAUUUGUAGUAAUUUUAUGAACCAUACGAGCAAAGAAGAACUUAAAAAAAUUGAUUCAGACUUCAAAAUGAUCAUAAUGCCCAAAAUUUUAUCGACAUUAUCAAAGAUACCGAUGACAGUCAAAGAAUUACGAUCUAUAUAUUUUGGUGACAAAGCGGUGUCAGAAGAAACUUUAAUAAAUUAUGCUAAUUUUAUUGGCGACCAGUUUUUUUAUCGUUCUAUAAUGGAGGUAACAGAUAUUCAGGCAGAACUGAACACCGAUAACACCGAUAACAAUGCAACAUAUCUAUAUAAAUUUUCAUACGAGAAUGAAACUAAUUUUAUGAGAAAAUUACUUAAUAUUACACUCCCAGGAGUAAGUCAUGGUGAAGAUUUACCUUAUUUAUUUUAUCCUAACAUGAUGAAAGAUCUUGGCUUAUCACCACCUGCACCUGAUUCGGAAGAUUAUAAGAUGAUAAACUGUUUAACACAAAUGUGGACAGAUUUCGCUAAAACAGGGUAUUAUAGGGUUUAAUUCCUUCUUUUUAAUUUUAUAUAUAAUUUUUUUCACAUUAUUAUCA